AUGUCGACCAACGAGCAGCAUAACGCUGUCAACAACACUGCCAAUCAAUCUGUAAAUGGCAACCAUAAUACCAAUGGCACUACUACCCACGACUUUGAAAAGGCCACACGGGGCAUGAGCAAUGAAGAAAGGCAGGCAGCUACUCAUGCUGCUCGCUUCGGCUACGGGCCUCUGGCUCAUUUCCGCACCAACGAUGAUGGUGGUGCUCUGCCAGCUUUUGGUGGUGAAUUCCAACCCGGUCUUUACAAGGGAGUCGAGAACCGCAAAUUCGCCAAUCCUGCUCCCCUGGGUCUUUCAGCUUUCGCCUUGACUACCUUUGUCCUCAGUCUGGUCAAUCUGGGAACAAGAGGACUCGCACAGAACAAUCUUGUCCUGGCCUUGGCCUUUGGCUAUGGUGGUCUAGUGCAGCUUCUCGCAGGCAUGUGGGAAAUGGCCGUUGGCAACACUUUUGGUGCUACUGCUCUCUCCUCCUACGGUGGUUUCUGGAUCUCCUUCGCAAUCAUCUUGACACCAGGAGGCUUCAACAUUGAAGAGGGCAUCCUCUCCACAGGUGGUGAAAAGGCUCUCCUUGACUCCCUAGGUUUCUACCUCAUGGGAUGGUUCAUCUUCACCACUAUUCUCCUGUUCUGCACUUUCAAAUCCACCGUCGCCUUCUUUUUCUUGUUCUUUACGCUCGACAUGGCAUUCCUCCUCUUGGCCAUUGGAUAUCUUCAACCAUCAGGUGGACACCCCAACACUGGCUGUAUCCGAGCAGGAGGCGCGUUCGGUAUCCUCGCAGCCUUCGCGGCUUGGUACAAUGCCUUGGCUGGUAUUGCAGAUACUUCCAACAGCUUCUUCAUCAUUCCCGUCGCUCAUUUCCCUUGGUCUGAGAAGGGCCGAGCUCAACGUCGACCAGACAAGACGGAACAUACCGCAUAG